CCCUUGCGCCUGGCAUCGCAAUGAUGAAAUUCGUCUGAAGGAGUAUUAAUUAGCUUAAUAAUAGUUUAGUAUUAGCUUAGUGGUAGUAAAUUCAAUUAUAUUUAUGUAUCGAAUUAUGUUUGUAUCGUAGCAUUUUACAAUUGUGUUUACAGCUAGUUAUGUCAGACCUGACGUUGAAGAUUUAAAACGGGAUUCGUUUGUUGUCGCGUUCGCUCUGUAUGUUACUUCCUCGCCGUGUAGUAAUAUACAUCUAGAUGACACAAUUUUAACAGUUAAGUGUAUCGCCCGUUUAACGUUCGGUAUCUUAGAGGAAUAAAAAACUUUGGUUCUUUUUGUAACUGUUAUAUAAUGUGGAGACGGUUGCGAUUCCCGAGAAGGUCGUUUUUGGGCAUUAUAUUCCUGUUCUCUCUCUCGACCUCCGCAAUGUACUUCAUCUACUCAGCACCAGGAAUCGUGAAUGAGUACCUCUUCAUGGUCCAGGCCAGAGGAGUCUGGAUCAGGGAGAAUGUGCGGAGCAUUGGAGCCCAGGUCCUGGACCAGGUCGUCCGGGGGGCCUACAGUGGCGUCAACGGCACAGAUUAUCCCAGUGACCUUAAUUUCAGUGAGUCCUACAUCCAGACUACCACCUACCUCCCCCCAGGGUUCACCUACCAUCCUGACAGCACGUGCCCAGAGAGACUGCCCUCCAUGAAGGGCCUGAUGGAGGUGAACAUGAGUGAGAUUGCCCUGUCUGAGGUGGAGAGGGCUCUGCUGCAGGACGAUCCCACCCUGCGCCCUGGGGGUCACUGGAAGCCCCAGGACUGCAUCCCGCGAUGGAAGGUUGCCAUCCUCGUCCCCUUUCGAAACCGUCAUGAGCACCUACCCAUCCUCCUCCGCCAUCUUGUCCCAGUCCUGCAGCGCCAGCGGCUACAGUUUGGCUUCUACAUCAUUGAGCAGACAGGAGACCAGCCCUUUAACCGCGCCAUGCUGUUCAAUGUGGGCUUCCGGGAAGCUAUGAAGGACUCGGACUGGGACUGCAUGGUCUUCCACGACGUGGACCACAUCCCGGAGAACGACCGCAACUACUACGGCUGCGGGAAGAUGCCCCGCCACUUCGCCGUAGAGCUUGACAAGUACUCCUACAUGCUGCCAUACGAGGAGUUCUUUGGUGGGGUCAGUGGCCUAACCGUAGAGCAAUUCCGGAAAAUAAACGGCUUCCCCAAUGGAUUCUGGGGAUGGGGCGGUGAGGACGAUGACCUCUGGAACAGGGUGCAGUUUGGGGGUUACAGCGUGAGUCGCCCCCCAAGAGAUGUGGGACGCUACAGAUCUAUCCCUCACCACCAUCGUGGCGAGGUGCAGUUCCUGGGCAGAUACAAGCUGCUGCGAUACUCCAAGGAGAGGCAAAGCCUCGACGGUCUCAACAAUCUGCAAUAUACACCCCAUGUGUCCCGAUAUCCCCUCUACACCAACGUCACUGUCCGCCUCACACGAGAGCUGGCCACUGUGGUGGCCGACUACUGACCCGAGCGUGGUCAUCUUCUUCACAGCAGAGUUCUCCCUGUCAGGCUCCUCCAGAUAUUCACCAGUGGACUACACCAUGCAUUUAGCUUCCGUUUCACUCGUUGUCCAUUUGCACGGCUACAUGCACAUUGAAUCAGCGCACAUGAAGUACCUCAGGAGAGCAGUUGGACUAAUUUUCUUUGAUCUUUGGAUUCAAAGCUGCAACCUUAUGAUUAUGCGAUCAGGUCCCUGACCACUCCUCCACAAAGCAGCUAACUGGCUGUGCUUUCUGGAACAGCAGCCAUAUUUUGAAGGGCCUACUGACUUCGGAAGCAGGUGGAAUUAGAACAGAGAAACAUCAUUCCAUUCUUGCUAUGGCAGAGAACAUGGAGAUGGCUUCUCACUCCCUCAGUGGCAUCUGCCUCUCUUUGCCUCUGCCUCUAAUUCCCUCUGCCUGUGUGCCUCUCACUGACUCUGCCUCAAGCCCUCACGCCUCUAACCCUCUCUGUCUGUAACCCUACCCUGCUGCUGAGCUUCUGGAGAGAAGCACACAGACAUGUCUUUGAUUCUCCUCCAGGUGAUGGUUGAGAAUAUGCACCUGUGAGUUUUGAUUUUAUAUGCACUGCUUGGUGGAAAGCUAGCUCAUACACCAUCAACACAAUACAUUUCCACAAUAUUGCUGUGCUGUUACAGUAACAUUAUCAGAAAAAUUCUGCAUGUUUUCCAGGCAAUGCACUAAAAUUAGCAGAUGGCAGCUAAUUUGGUUAGCACUAUGCUUAUAGAGACAACAACAAAGGAAACAAUCUGGGCAGAAACCACACAAAACAAGAUGUUUUUCUGUCGCUCCUCACCAAAUCAUUCAGAUUUGGCAGCUCUGACUUGAGUCCUCUCUAUGUAUUAAGUUGUCUCUACAUAUUGAGUCCUGUCUGAAUAUCGAGUCCUCUCUGUGUAUCGAGUCCUGUCUGCAUAUUGAGUCCUGUCUGUGUAUCAAGUCUCCAUGUAGCAUCUGCACAGAUGUGUCCAUGCCACUACACUAGAGGUAGAAAUCUGUCCGCACAUUGGCUGUGAUCUUGACUUCCUGUGGUUUGACCGCAGUGCACCGUGGGAAGGAAACUCCAGUCCUCCAGCAGAAUUGUUCCUGCCUGUCCCUGUGCUUCCCUCAGGUUAGAUUGAUUUUAGUAGCAUUGCAGGUUCGAGAGGUAAACCAUCAACUUUACACUGUUAACUGUCCUGAGCCUCCUUUGGGGUGUUUUUUAUCUAACAAAUGUACUAGGUCAAGUAAAUAUCACCCAUUGCAGCUGAUUCCUUUUUUAUUUAAUUCCAUUGAAUUUGGUGCCAUUUUUUUUUUAACAAAAACUGGGGACUAACCUUCAUGUCCUAUAAUAAUGUAAAAAUUAAACAAAACGGUCAAAACCAAGUUCAGAACAUAGCAGUCCAGGGCUGACAUUUACUCUUUUUGUGUCAGUUGCAAGAGCCACUACUGGUCAGUUCCCCUGUUUAGAGUUCAGAACUCACAUACUGGUUUCUGGUAAAACAAUACUCAAUACAGGUUAAUACAAAAAUUCAUACACUGAAAUGUUAACUUUGAAAUGUGUUUAUUUUAUUUUUUGUUUAA